AUGGCUUCUUCUUCUUCCACCAAAGUAUCCAUGAAACUUCUUAUCGACACAAAGAAUAACAAAGUUCUCUUUGCCGAAGCUUCAAAACCUGUCAUAGACUUUCUGUUCAACUUGCUAUGCUUGCCUAUUGGUACUGUAGUUAAGCUUCUAAGUGCAAAUGACAUGGUAGGUAGCUUAGGAAAUCUGUAUCAGAGCGUUGAAAAUCUCAACCAGAAUUAUAUGCAACCAUUUCAAACUAAGCAUGUUCUCUUAAAUCCAAAAACUCAAAGCCCUUCCACUGUGACGUAUGACAACACUACGCCAUGUCCCGGCCGUCCUGGAUAUCCUUGCGGCCAAAGUAUGAUCUAUGAAGUGUGUUAUGUCAGAAGUAAAAAAAUUUCUGAAAAGAAAGCUUCCAAUACGAUUAAUAGUGGUUUUGUGAAAGAUGUUGUAACUUUUAUGGUGAUGGAUGAUUUGGUUAUUCAGCCAAUGUCAACAAUUUCAAGCAUCACACUUUUGAAUAAGUUCAAUAUCAAGGAAAUUGGUACUUUGCAAGAAAAGAUCGUUGAAAUGGGAAUGGAUGAGGGAAUCAUGUUGCUUAAGGCUCUACAAUCCAAGAUGGUGUUUUCAUCAAGAAGGAACUUUGUUUUGCAAGGAGAGAAAAUUGUCGGGUCUUUUAAGAAGGAGUGUUGA